GUCAGUCAGUUGUUUUUACAUUUUUGUAGAUUUUGUCUUUCUUUUCAUUUGUUAUUUUUACAAAUUCGUUUGUUUGUUAUGUGAGCAGCAGACAUACAUCAUAAAUAAGACGGAAGAUAUUAUUAAAGUACCUGUCUACUUACUUACCUACUAUUUUUAAGCCCAGACAAAGUCUCAACCUGCUGGCAAGAUUCAACUUUAGAUCAUGCAAUCCGGCCGUCAAGCUUUGUUGUUAUCAUCUUCUAACUGCCAUGGAUAUUCCAUGUUAGAAUUUGCGAAACAAGAGAUAUGUUCGUUUUUGGAAAGGAAUGGAGUCAAGAAACUACUAUUUGUACCAUAUGCUCAAAACGACUUUGAUAAAUACACAGAUAAAAUAAAAGAAGUUAUUGACCCAUGGGGCUUUGAGGUAUCUGGCAUUCAUACAUAUGACAAUCCCAUCAAUGCAGUUAACAGCAACAAAGCAAUAUUUGUAGGUGGAGGCAACACAUUCUUAUUGUUGAAAAGGUUAUAUGAAAACAACCUUGUUGAUCUCAUCAGAAAUAAAGUAAAUGAAGGCAAAUUAUUGUACAUGGGAAGCAGUGCUGGAACAAAUGUUGCUACAAAAAGUAUUCAUACAACCAAUGAUAUGCCAAUAACCUAUCCUCCAUCGUUUGAUGCCAUCAAGAUAGUACCUUUCAACAUUAACCCUCAUUACUUGGAUAAAGUUGAAAAUGAUACACACAAAGGUGAGACAAGAGACCAAAGAAUAAGUGAAUACUUGGAAAUGCCUCAUGCAUCGCCAGUUCUAGGCUUGAAGGAAGGUUCUAUGCUCAAAGUAAAUGGUGACACCUUGGUUAUAAAAGGAGUAGCGGGUGCCGUGCUCUUUGAAAAGGGUGGCAAGAAGACAGACUUUCCUGCAGAUUCAGAUGUCUCAUUUUUACUUAGUGGAAAUGAUGCAUAACAAAAUAUUCAAUUAAACAAUAUUUAGAAGAUGUAAAAUAACAUUUAUUUUAAAUAAAGGUUUGUUUAUACAUAUCAUUAUGUA